GGAUCGGAAAAUACUACUGGUCGCGCAACAUCAAAACGAACAAUAACCUGCGACUUGCGACUUUCAACCAAUCGCAUGUCACAGGUUAUACGACAGCAAAACGAACAGCAACUUGUGACCUGCAACCAGACGCCGAUAGCAUGUUGCAGGUUGCGUGAUAGGUAAACGAACAGUGUCAACAUCUACUGAUCUACUGGUUGCAUUUACUGUUUCAACGAUGCAACUGCGUCCCAUUACAGAGUCCAAAAAACGGCAGGUAGUCUUCAAACGAACAACCAAAUUACUAUAUUAGCCUUAUCAUUCUCUAAUAGAAUUGGAAUAUCCUCGGUAAUUUCCCCCUCGAAGGAAACCAACCAAUACCAUAAUAAGCAAUUUCCACGUGGCUUUCGGAACUUUAUUAAUUGACUUUAUACUAGAUGACAACAAAGUCUGGGGCUCAUCUGCAAACGUUGAUUGGGUAAGUAAUAAACUCACGUUUUUGUGUUCUGUCCGUAGAAUCAUUAUUUCUGUUAUCUUACCCCAAAACACGAAUUAAAUCUACUAGCUUGGUAAUAAAAAAUAUUGACUUUUAUGUCCAAAAAUGGAUAUUUAUUAACUCCGUCAUUAUCCUACGCCCCACCGACCAUUCUUCUCCGUCGUCCUUUCUUUCCUCAUCCGCCGUUUUUUUUCUCUUUCUCUCCAUUAAAUUGUGCAUCGAUUCUCCGGCGGCGACCUUCCAUCUCCGUCGUCUUCCCCCGAAUUGCCUUCUCGGAUUGGAAUCGUUGAUUUCCCCCAAUUAAUUCAGAUUGUUGUUCAUUGUUGUGGUGAUGAUCGGGUUUGUUUUGGCGAGGCAGAGGGCUUCUUCGGUUCUGCAUUCUCCAUAGAUUGUACAAGCGUUUGAGAAUGGCUCAGGGACAGAACAGGAAUGUUCCUCAGCUGGGACAAAUGCAGAAUCCUGUUGCGGUUUCUGCUCCUGGUGUUUCGUCUCAGCCUAAUGGUGUACAACAAGAUGGUCUCAGGGUACGGCAGGAGAUGCUGAAUAAGAUCUUCGGUUGGUUACAGCAGAGGCAGCCUACAAAGACUGAUGAUGCCUCCAAGGCAAAGUUAUUUGAGGUUGCAAAGCGGUUAGAGAAUGCAAUGUUAAAAACGGCCACGUCAAAGGAGGAGUACUUAGAUUUCCAAAGUUUUGAGGUUCGGAUAAAAUCUAUUCUGCAUCAAAUGUUUGGUGGUCAGCAGCGUCCUAAUCCUUCAAGCUCGGCCGGCAUGAUGACUCAAACACCUGGGGUUUCACAUGGAUGGGGUCAAACUCAUACUACCACCCCUAUGGUGAACACUAGCACCUUUAACAGUAAUAAUAACUUAGCAGAUGCAGCAGCCGAAACCGGAAGGGUGUUGCCAACUAAUCGCAUCAAUGGAGGUCCUCAAAUGAUUAAUGGUCGCCAGCAAUUACCUGCUAACACUGGCCAGAUGAUGCCUACUCCUGGAUUUAACAACAGUACUAACGCUGAUCUAUACCAGUCUCAUCGAAAUGGAGAAACUUCUAGAGACGGUGGCAAGCUUCCAGCUGUUGGGUCUGAGUUUGUAAACCAAUCUCAGCUUCUGAGGCAACGUCCUACUGGUUCAGAUGACCGUAUGCAGCAGCAAUACAGCCUUGAUCAGCAGCUGGGAGGUGGUUUCAGGUCAAACAUGCACCAGAAUGCGUCUGGGAUGAUCAACAUUCCUCAGAACGCUGGCGUAGGGAUGAGUGGGAACAGUGUACACCUUGCUGCUAAUGGGCAUAUGGGCUCUCAAGGGGUCCUUAGCUCCACGAAUUUUUCAACUUCAUCCCAACCUUUGCAGCAGCCUGUCGAUCAGUUGCAGCAGGUGUCACAUGUUCACAGAUACUCAAUGAGCAAUUCUGGUACUUUUGGGUCAGGGAAUCUCUAUGGUUCAUCAGGCUCAGUGGAAGCUUCUGUGGAUAUGAAUACAAUGAGUCUGAACCCUAUGAGGAGAGUUGAUGUUUCCUUUGGUAGUAAUCAGACGACCCUUCAAGCAGUGGACAAGACUCCAUUGAUAAAGCAUCAACUACCUCAACAGUUUGAGAAUGGGAAUCUGGCUCAGGUGAGUCAUCAACCAUUAGACAAUCAAUUCAACCAGCCAGCUCAUCAUGGUCAAUACCAGCAACAAGAGCAGUUACUGAACAAUGAUGCUUAUCGUCAGCCUCAGCGAGCUUCAAACAUUCUUAGUCAAGUUAAGCAUGAGCCUCGAGCGGACUACUCUAAUGAAGCUUUUCAGAUGCAGGCUGUAAAUCAAGUAGAACCAUCCAAGCCUCAACAGCAGUACACACAGAACGCUGUUAAAGAAGACUAUGUUGGUGCUCAGAGUAGUAGCCAGCUAAAUAUUUCUUCAUCUUUCCAACAAGAAACUCAUCAGAUACCACAAUGGAAAGAUGUGAAUAACAUCUCCGGUGGAGUGCAGCAAGUAUCAAGUAUGGGACAGUGGCAUUCACCUUCUCAGAACUUGACACAAGUAUCAAAAGAUUUUAAUGGAGAGAGAGAACAGUUUGGGGUAAACUCAAGUCAAAUAUUACCUAUUAAGCAUGAAACUACUCAAAUUAUUGUUCCUAGAAGCAACCUGGAGGCUCCACAUCUUCCAGAAGGAAGCAACACCUUGAUGAGCAAACAGGUGAACGGAGAUAGUGAUCCAAGUUAUAUAAAUCAGAGGAGGUGGCUUUUGUUCCUGCUACAUGUUCGCAAAUGCAACGCAGCGGAAGGUAACUGUGAAAGCAAGUACUGUUUCACAGCCAAAACGCUAUUGAACCAUAUUGAUUACUGCAAGGCCCCUGCUUGUGCAUAUCAGUACUGUCAUCAAACCCGAAAACUGAUUCAUCAUAAUAAUCACUGCGAGGAUGAAGCAUGCCCGGUCUGUGUUUAUGUCAAGAACUUCAAGAAGAAACAAAAGGAAAAGCUUGCCCUCCUAAGGAAAGCUGAGCACAGACGCAAGGAAGCCUUUGAGUCAAUGCGUGUUGCUAAUGAAAGAGACUCUGAAGCUCCUUCUGUUGUUGUUGAUGAUGAUCUGCAACCAUCUCCAAAGCGUCUGAAAGUAGAGAAACCCUCCCAGUUUGCUUACCCUGAACCACACAAAAAGUCUGUUGGUAUGGGUAAAACUCAUUUGUCAAAGGGUUUGCAAGAGAAAUAUAGUCAACAAAGUGAUGUUUCCAGAUCAGAUGUGGCUAUGAAUGCAGAGAGUUCUGAUCCUUUGAGGAGAAGGCUUCCAGUUUCCCGUGAGAUGGAGAAGCCUGUGGGAGGACGUGGUGGAGACUCUUCAUUGGAUGGUGAAACUGUUUGUGUACCAAAGCAAGAAAAAUCAAAAUGUAUGAAAGAAGUAAGCGCAGCACCCAAAGAAGAGAAAGUGGAACAGUCUGCAGACGUUUUAGCUGCGUCUAGUAGCGGAAAGUCAAAGAUCAAGGGAGUCUCAUUGAUUGAGCUCUUCACUCCAGAGCAAGUAGAGGAGCAUAUCCGCGGUCUUCGUCAGUGGGUAGGCCAGAGUAAAACCAAGGCGGAAAAGAACAAAGCAAUGGGACUCACCAUGUCUGAAAACUCUUGCCAGUUAUGUGCUGUUGAGAGGCUUGCAUUUGAGCCAACGCCUAUUUAUUGCACACCUUGUGGUGCACGCAUCAAGAGAAAUGCUAUGCACUACACCGUUGUGUCAGGUGAGUCACGCCACUAUGUAUGCAUCCCUUGCUACAAUGAAGCGCGUACGAACACUGUCUCUGUCGAUGGAACUCCUGUUCCCAAGUCAAGGUUUGAGAAAAAGAAAAACGAUGAGGAGGUUGAAGAACCGUGGGUGCAAUGUGAUAAAUGUCAAGCGUGGCAGCAUCAGAUCUGUGCUUUGUUCAACGGCCGUAGGAACCAUGGGCAAGCCGAGUACACUUGCCCUAAUUGCUAUAUACAAGAGGUGGAACGAGGAGAAAGGAAGCCUGUAUCACCAAGUGUUAUCUUGGGGGCGAAAAGUUUGCCAGCUAGUACUCUUAGCAACCAUUUGGAACAGCGGUUGUUCAAGAAACUGAAGCAGGAAAGACAGGAGAGGGCUAGGCUUCAAGGAAAAAGCUACGAUGAGGUCCCGGGAGCUGACUCACUUGUUAUCAGAGUUGUUGCAUCUAUCGACAAAAUGUUAGAAGUAAAGCCACGCUUCCUUGACAUUUUCCGAGAAGAGAAUUACUCAUCAGAGUUCCCUUAUAAGUCCAAGGCCAUUUUGUUGUUUCAGAAGAUUGAAGGUGUUGAAGUUUGCUUAUUCGGCAUGUACGUCCAGGAGUUUGGAACUGAUUCCGCGUCUCCCAAUCAGCGGCGAGUAUACCUUUCUUAUCUGGACUCGGUUAAGUACUUCAGACCUGACGUUAGAACUGUGUCUGGAGAGGCCCUCCGUACUUUUGUAUACCAUGAGAUUCUGAUUGGUUAUCUUGAUUACUGUAAGAAACGUGGGUUCUCAAGCUGCUAUAUAUGGGCAUGCCCUCCUCUUAAGGGUGAAGAUUACAUUCUAUACUGUCAUCCUGAAAUUCAGAAAACGCCAAAGACUGACAAACUAAGGGAAUGGUAUUUAGCAAUGCUGAGGAAAGCUUCCAAGGAGAAAGUGGUCGUUGAAUGUACAAACUUCUAUGAUCAUUUCUUCGUCCAGUCUGGUGAAUGUAGAGCUAAGGUAACAGCAGCAAGGUUGCCAUACUUUGAUGGGGACUACUGGCCAGGCGCUGCUGAGGAUUUGAUAGAUCAAAUGAGUCAAGAAGAAGAUGGCAAGAAGUCAAAUAGAAAAGUAAUGUCCAAAAAGGUCAUAUCCAAAAGGGCUCUAAAAGCAGUAGGCCAGCUGGAUCUUUCUGUUAAUGCCUCAAAGGAUCUCCUGCUAAUGCAUAAACUGGGUGAGAUCAUCCUCCCAAUGAAGGAAGAUUUCAUCAUGGUGCAUUUGCAACAUUGUUGCAAGCAUUGUUGCACUCUCAUGGUAUCUGGAUAUCGAUGGGUGUGCAACCAGUGUAAGAACUUUCAGAUUUGUGACAAGUGUCAUGAAGUGGAAAAGAACCGUGUCGACAAGGAGAAACAUCCUGUCAAUCAGAGGGAGAAGCAUGCACUAUAUCCCAUUGCCAUUGAAGACGUUCCUACUGAAAUUAAAGACAGUGAUGACAUUCUUGAGAGCGAGUUCUUUGAUACAAGGCAAGCUUUCCUAAGUCUCUGCCAAGGAAACCACUAUCAAUACGAUACACUGAGGCGGGCAAAACACUCUUCCAUGAUGAUUCUCUAUCAUCUCCACAACCCAACCGUCCCUGCGUUUGCAACCGCAUGCGCCAUCUGCCAGCAAGAGCUUGAACCUGCUCAAGGUUGGCGCUGCGAAGUCUGUCCUGACUAUGAAGUUUGCAGUGUUUGCUACUCAAAGGGCAUUAACCAUCCACACAGCCUUAUUAGCCGUCCAGCUGCUACUGAUUCAGUUGUCCCCAACACAAAAACUAAUCAGACUGCAUUGUUAAGAGAACUGCUUCUACACAUGUUGGCAUGCUGCACCACACAGUGCCAGUAUCCAAGGUGUCGCGCGAUUAAGCUUCUGGUCAGGCAUGGCCUUGUAUGUAAGACCAAAGGCAAAGGCUGUAUUCAUUGUAAGAAAAUGUGGGCCAUCUUCCGAAUGCACGCCAGAAACUGCAGAGAUUCUCAAUGUAGAGUACCCAAAUGCAGAGACUUGAGAGCUCAUGAUAGUAGAAAGCAACAACAGGCAGAUUCAAGACGCAGAGCUGCUGUGAAGGAGAUGGUGCGGCAGAGAGCUGCUGACGCAUCAACCUCAACUUCUGACUGAUCAACAUAGACAUCUCAUGCUUAGAUGGAAGGACGCAAAUGUGCAAGCCAGUUUAGGAGGUCAAGAGCAAAGGAGAUUCUUCAACAGCUACUACUAAUUCAGGGGCUCCAGCAAGGAGGUACAUAGAUGUUUUAUUUACAUGUAUUCUUAAGGUAUAGACGAAUGUGCAUAUAAUGUAAUUUGUGAUUUUUGAUUCAAAUUUUGGUGCUUCUUUUUUAAUCCUAUUGAAUUCUUGGGGUCUUAACUAUUUUGGUCCCUUCGUUUUGUUGUAUAACUAUGUACCAUUUUUGGCAAAAGCCUAUUAGCUAAUAAAUUCUCCUGAUAUCCAUCUAAA